AACUUCACUUUGGUUUGUAAAAAUUGGGAUAAAAAACACAGAGACUAGGGUUAAAAGAGGGGUGAAUUCAACACGAAGAUAUAAUUUGAUGAGCGAUGUCAGAUGUGAAUCCUGCUUUCUAUAUAUACGAUGAUGUAGAAGACGAAGAUGUUGUUGUUGUAGAAGAUGUUAUGGACCUAGACGAAGAGGAAGACGAUGACGAUGAAUAUGAAGAUGACGAAGAUGAUGAUGAUGAUGAUGAAGAAGACGAUGAGGCAGUUUCGACUGCGGCUAUUGUGAAGAACAAAACGACACCGUUGAGUAUUGAUGAUGAUGGUAGCGGCAUUGAGGAGUUAAUGAGCAAAGAUAAUAAUGAAAUUGAUGGAUUGUGUUGCCCAAUUUGUAUGGAGCCUUGGACUUCUGAAGGUGUUCAUCAAGUCUGUUGUCUUCCUUGUGGACAUAUUUAUGGUUUGUCUUGCAUACAGAAAUGGAUUCGACAACGUCAAAGUUCAAGGAAGUGUCCUCAAUGCAAGAGAAGUUGCAGUCUGAAGGAUGUUAGAUUACUUUAUGCAUCCCGGAUUGUUGUUGUUGAUGAAGAACUACAAAAGAAAGUUCAAAAACUUGAAGCUAAAUGUGCAUCUCUUGACACAAAGCAUGCGGAAUGUGUAAAGAGAGAAGAUGAAGGGAAAAAGAGAGAAGCUGAAUUAUAUCUGCAGGUGCAACAACUCAAAGAGAGAGCAAGGUAUUUGGAGGGCAUGUUAGAACAUUCCGAGAGGACAGCAGGAUCAGUCACUGCUAGCAGUGAUUUUCCAAGGAGUUCUUGUACAGGACAAUUUAGGAAGACAGGAUGUUCCAACAGCUUUGAAUUGCAGGUUCAUUAUUUUACCCUCUUUUGUUCUACAAAGAAAGAGUUCAAUAUUGAAGGUGCUCGCGUAUUUGAUGUGGAUGCUUCUGGUCAAGUUUUGCUUAUUGCUCGAAGGCUCACUGGAAUGGGGGGACUGUUUGGACUUACUAAAAUAAGUUUGGUAGCUCCGCAUGAUAGAUUGGAUAUGCAACUUCCUUCAAACACAAAGGCUGUUAGAGACUUGCGAUUCUCUCCCCGUGACAGAUUGUUACUGGUUGCCUCACUAGGGAAAAAGCUGUCAAUUAUUAGUUCUCAAAGCAACACCACAGUUCUUACCUAUGAUUUGCCGGCUGCUGCUUGGUCAUGUUCAUGGGAUAUCAGCUGUUCGAAUUAUGCAUAUGCUGGAUUACAGAAUGGCAUGCUUUUGGUGUUUGAUAUGCGCCAAACUCGGGAACCUGUAAAAUGCUUAGCCGGGAUAACAUGCAACCCGAUUCAUAGUUUAUAUUCGGUUUCACCUGAGUCACCCUCGCCUUCUGGUGUGAGAACAAUUCUAACUGCAUCUUCAAUUGGCGCUUGCGAGUGGAACUUUGGAGGUGUUGAUGAAAGGCCAUUUUUGAUCCCGGGAUCAGAUAAUGAGGGAGUUUGUGUAUCUCUUGCAUGUUCUUCUAGCAAUAGUAACAUUGUAGCAUCAUAUCGUCCAAAAGUAAACAUGCUUAACAAGGAAUCUGCAUCCCAAGCUGUUCCUACACCUUCCACUAAUGCUAUGGGAAACUCUGUUGUGGGCUCUCAUGUUUCAUACAAAAGAACAAGUAGUCAAUGUUUUCAGAAACUCGGAUCUACAUGUGCCAAUGUAAAUGAUAUCAGGCUGCCAAAAUCUGCAAUAGUUGACAUACGCAACAAUGACGCACCAUUAUUUGUGUCUGGGGAUGAGGCUAGAGGUGAAAUAACGCUGCAAUUGCUGCCAUCAUUACUUACUGUUCAGCAUCUUACCCCUCAAAAGUUUCCUGUCCGUGAUGUGAAGUUUACACAUGGCAGCAAUUCUAGUAUACUCGGCUGUUUAUGUGACGAUAUAUUGAAACUAUACUCUCUCAAGCUCUCAUGAGAAAAAUAGGUCAGUUUCGAGUGACAGAUGCAGUCCUGCUUUACAGUCUUGUUUCUUAUUGAGUGGAGGUAUAUAGCCUCCCAUUUAUGUGGUUAAUUUGUUAGAUUUACAAAGAUUAGUCAUUAGGUUUCAGAUGUAAUUAUAUAUAUGGUGAAAUAUGUAGAGUUUGUAUUUGAUGGCAAAAUUAUCAGCAUUCUAGAUUUCAAAUUCAAUGGCAAUCUCAAUAGUACUUAUUUGUGUCAA